AUGGAUUCGUUCAAUUUGAGGACGGCUUCGACAUACAUAAACAAUCUCUUACUUGCUCGCGGCCUGCUACGCGAUGGCAAGCCAAUUGAGUUUGCGCGCCCUUCGAAAGGAGAGGGAGGAAAGGAAGUUACAAUGGCCCAAAUUAUCAACCUGGUGCAUGACCUCAUAUUGAAGCGAGAUCGCGACCAAGAACACCGCGAAUCCAUUGCCGCAACCCUCCGCGCACUACGCACCGAAUCGUCCCGCCAAACCGUCACCCUCGAGAAGCUUCACACCCGCAACGAUGAUCUCGCGCGCCAACUCUCCCUUGCUCAGUCUCAAGAACGGUCUGCGCGAGCUGCCCUUCGAACCGCCGAAUCUUCGGCGCGCAGUCUGCGGGAAGAGAUGCUUCGGCUGAAAACGACGGUACAACAAGUGCGGACAGGCUGCGCGAACGAUAUACGCAAACGCGACGUACAGAUACAGAGACUUAAGACUCACUUGACUAGUCAGCAGCGUGGCAACAAGACCGGCUUGGUUGGGGCAAGCAUCACCAUAACACCCGGUGCAACAGGCAUGAGCGGCAUUACGUCCACGGCAAGAGAUGACGACCCAGACGUCGACGACCCAGAGUACAACCUGAGGCAAGAGACCACCGAGUUUUUGACCCAACUGAGCCAGGGGCUGAGCGACGAGAACGACAAUUUGAUCGGCUUGGUUAGGAGCACGCUUGUAACCCUGAAGGAACUACAAGGCAUGCCUGAGGGCCGACGACCUGAAGGCGAUGAAGGACUCUCGACUAUUGGGGAAGAGGACGAGGAGGUGAGACAGGGCAUGCUACACGCACUACCAACAAGCUACGAGACUUUGGCCUCCGACAUGGAUACUGUGUUGGAAAAUCUAAAGACCCUCCUUACAAACCCUAACUUCGUACCUAUCGAGGAGGUGGAACUGCGAGAGGAUGAGAUUGUCAGGCUGAGGGCCGGCUGGGAAAAGAUGGAAGCGCGAUGGAGAGAUGCAUUGACGCUCAUGGAUGGGUGGAGGAGAAGGAUGGCUAACGGGGGGGACACGAUCAACCUAGAGGAGCUCAGGAUGGGACUAGGGCUUGGUGUUGGCUUAGAAACUGUCAACAAAGAAGAGGUCUCCAUAAUCACCGAGGAAGACGAGGGAGCCAGCUCUGCCCUGGAAGAACUCGACGAGGCCGACGACCUAGAGGAUCCACCCUCACUGGCAGCUAACAUCCCGGAAACGACAUCUACCUCAGACAUGUUCAAGCUGAAGCUGCAGCCUGAUCAACCAGCGCUUAGAGAAGGUAACGGAAAUGUUAAGUCCCCACGUAAGGUUGCUUUCGCACCUUCCAUUCCCAACACACCCUCUUUGGUAGAUGAGAAUGCGAAUGCGUCCGAGGUGGACUUGGUCGGCGCUACUAAGCCGGCCGGUAUCACAUCGUCAUCGAAGCCAUCUCGCUCAGAAGGUGCACCGCGAACUUCCAGACCAACAUGUCAGGACACGCGCAUUCCCCGCCAAGUACGUUGCGAUAACAUUGCCGACCAAAUCAUGCACAUGGCCAGCAAAGUCACAAUUUCUUCACCCCCUUCUAUUCUCGACGCCACAACAGCUCUCUAUAUUGACGAUGACUUGCAGGUAAAGAAACGAUUAUCGAGCCCACAUGCUCACCCUGACGAGCGAUCUCCAAAACUGACAGUGCAAGACAAGCUCCGGGUGGCUCAAGCGGAAGCGGAAGCGGCCGCAGUGGCCGAAGGAUUGAUAUCGGUGACUUCGGAAGCAGAAGCGAAGUCUGCCGGAGAGGGACCUGCGCAAAAGCAACGACGACGCAACUCACCAAUGAAGACGCGCAUUGGCGGGCGCCCGAAGAAGAGAAAGAGCACGUUGACGCCAGAAGAGCUGCAGCAUCUGAUAUGCGGCACAGCUUCGCCAAAGUGCAUCAGCUUCUCAAAUGGAAGGGUUGCUCGAACCGCUGUGCCUCUGUCAUCUGGCGAGGCUAUCUAUCCCUCACAACGCCCUUAUCCUCGAUCCCUCGUGGGCUCCUGCGGAUCACCGCACAUCAACAAGCCAAUCCCAUUACCGUCGAAACCGAUAAACCUGCUCGCGAUAGCAACAGAAGUUUCCACGCAGCACGUCGUCGGAGUGGUUGGACAAAGUCAAGCCACCGGUCAGUUUUUUAGCCGCCGAGUCCCACUCUGGUCAAUUUUGUGUCCAGAUGACUGCCUUGUAAGUGAUGCGAUUGGAUGUUGGAGCAGAGCCAGGCUCGGCGAAGGUGUGAAAUUGAUGCAAAAUGGCACGAAUGCAGACAGGGUGCAUGGCUGUACGCAUAAGGUUCCCUCAUCAGUCGAUGCGCAAUGCGUGCUAGUUUCCCUCCCGCGCUGCAGUGUGAUAGAGGCGGAAAUGCAGGCUCUCACGGCGACAUCACAAGACGAUGGCGCUGACGGAGUGUGA